UUUUUCAUCUUUUGUGGUUCAGAGUUUAAUUAUAUCUAUUGUUUUAAGUUGAUAAUUGUAAAUUGAGAGAUGUAUAAAAGAUCGAUCGAUGGCCAAAAUUCGGGCCAAAUAGCUAGCCCAAAUCAUAGCGAAACAUUUUUGAAAUUCUCAAAAACAAUGAAACGUUUUGGUGGCAAUGGAAAUAAUCGUGAUGAUGAUAAACGUAAAAAAUAUCAACAAGAAUCACCAUGGUCAUCGUCAUCAUCAUCUAGCGGCACUUCAAAAUCAUCAUCAUCAUCAUCAUCAUCUUUGAAAGACCGUUACAAUGAUGCUUUUCGUCGUCCAAAUGAUCCACCAGGUCGUGAUUAUUAUGCUGAAGCUGAACGCCGAUUACGACAAGAACAACAAGAAGCGGAACGAAAACGACGUGAAGAAGAAAAAAAACGUGAAGAACUUGAUCGAUUAUAUCGUAUGACUGAAGGUACAUGGAGUCAAAAUAAAGGUCGACAAUGGAGACCGUAAUGUGACAAAUAAAGUCGGUCGCUUUGCUAUAAAUUUAACAAACAAACAAAAAAAAAUACAAUAAUCCCAAUAUAUCCCAAUUUUUUUU